CACUCUCCUCCAGCCUUCUGUCUGUGAGCCUCCGUCUCUGCCUGUCCAGCAGCUCUCGUUCCCUCUCUCACUCACAGCCUCUCUCUGAGUCCACACUCUGCAGCCACAAUGAAAACCUCCAGGCAAAGCACAUACUCCGUGCGCUCCUCCGCCGGCAGCAAUGCUCCCGCCAUGUCCUUCCAGCGCACCUCUGCCCCCGUCUACAGGGCCUCCAGCAUCCACGGUGGGGCCGGCGGGUCUCGCAUUAGCAUCUCCUCCACCGUCCGCAGCGGGCUGGGGGCCGGCAUGGGGUCGGCGGGCUCCGGGGCCGGGGGCUUCUCCAGCAGCAUGCAGGUGAGCGGGAACAGCGGCGACAUCAUGGGCAACGAGAAGUUUGCCAUGCAGAACCUGAACGACCGGCUGGCUUCCUACCUGGAGACGGUGAGGAGCCUGGAGCAGGCCAACCACAAGCUGGAGAUCAAGAUCAAGGAGGCCCUGGAGAAGAGCGGGCCCGACUUCCGGGACUACAGCAAGUACCAGGUCAUCCUGGACGACCUGAGGAAGAAGGUGUUUGACGCCACCACUGACAACGCCCGCCUGAUUCUCAACAUCGACAACGCUCGCCUGGCGGCCGAUGACUUCAGGGUGAAAUUUGAGUCCGAGCUGGCCAUCCGCCAGUCGGUGGAGGCUGACAUCGUCGGUCUGAGGAAGCUUAUCGACGACACCAACAUGAGCCGCUUGAACCUGGAGAGCGAGAUCGAGACCCUGAAGGAGGAGCUCAUCCACCUCAAGAAGAACCAUGAAAAUGAAGUAAUGGAGCUUCGUAACCAGAUCGCCCAGUCAGGAGUCCACGUGGAUGUCGAUGCCCCUAAAGGACACGACCUGGCUCAGAUCAUGAAUGACAUAAGGGCCAAGUACGAGAAGACGGCUCUGCAGAACCAGGAAGAACUGAAAACAUGGCAUGAAUCUCAGAUAACGGAAGUUCAGACCCAAGUCAGCCAGAACACAGAGGCUCUGAAGGGAGCCCAGACAGAGGUGAAUGACCUGCGCAGACAGCUUCAAACCAUGGAGAUCGAGCUGGAAUCACAGAGGAGCAUGAAAUCCUCCCUGGAGGGCACGCUGAGGGACACAGAGAUGCGUUAUAACAUGGAGAUCGAGGCACUCAACACCAUUCUCCUGGGUCUGGAGGCCGAGCUCACACAGCUGCGCAACAGCAUCCAGCAGCAGACGCAGGAGUACCAGAGCCUGCUCAACCUCAAGAUGAAGCUGGAGGCUGAGAUCGCCCAAUACAGGCGGCUGCUGGACGGGGAAGACUUCUCGCUCCAAGACGCUCUGGAGAACCAGAAGACAGUGAAGACCAAAGUGAUGACCGUCACGCAGACCGUGGUUGACGGCAAGGUGGUGUCCUCCAGCACAGAAACCAAGAAUCUCUGAAUCCCGGAAGCAUCGAUCACCGUCACCGCAUCCUGACACCAACAUACGAUUGGCUGGCAUUGAUCUCCUUUCUUCGUAGUCUCAGAGCACUAACCGCUGCUUCAAUUUCUUUCAACUUCAUGAGCUUACAGCUGUUCCACAGGCCGAUGAAAUAAAACUGGAUCGGAAGAAAACUGCAUCAUCUUUUAUUUAUUUCAUCAUGAUGUAUUUAUUAGUUUAUGUACUCACCCGCAGAUGCUUAACAAACGCUAAAUAUCGGGGAACUGUGAUUUUUUUUCUUUCUCCCAGAGCAAAACUAAUCGCAGUGUUAUAUUCAAAAGUAAUAAAAAAGCAAAUUAAUCCAAAACGUGCUUUACAUGUCAUCAUCUUUGGUUUUCUUUCUUUCCAGUUAAGUCUGCCUGUUACACUGUGACGUUCCUACAUAUCAAUAAAAUCCAUUUGAGAAAUAGAAUCUCAA